AUGGUCUUGGGAGUGUCAUAUGUUUUGGUGGUUCUAACCAUUCUUUCUAUGGAUCUUAGGAUCUCUCAAGCCACAUCCCGUGUCACUUUUCAGGAGCCAUCCAUUGCUGAUUACUUCCAAAAAUGGAUGAUUCAGUUCUCUCGAGUUUAUAGCAAUGAAUCUGAGAAACAGACGAGACUGGAAGUGUUCAAGAAAAACUUGGAGUUCAUUGAGAACUUCAAUACUAAGGCGAAUCAAAGCUACAAACUUGGUGUCAACGAGUUCACGGAUCGGACUAACGAGGAGUUCCGAGCGACCCACACCGGUCUCAUAAGGGGGAUUAAUGUAACUUUACCAUCUAUAAUGGUUGAUGAAACGGUGUCAUCUUGGAAAUGGAACGUCAAUAGUAACGUCGGCGACAGUAAAGACUGGAGAAUGGAAGGAGCUGUAACACCUGUCAAAGUGCAAGGACAAUGUUCUAGUUGUUGGGCGUUCUCCGCGGUUGCAGCUGUGGAAGGUCUGACGAAGAUUGCCCGAGGAAUCCUCAUAUCACUGUCCGAACAGCAACUUAUAGAUUGUGACGGAGCGCCUAACAAAGGUUGCAGGGGUGGAACAAUGGAAGAAGCUUUCAACUACAUAGCACAAAACGGAGGUAUUUCUUCAGAAUAUGCAUACCCUUACCAAGAGAGAGACGGGAGUUGUCAGUACGUGGCCUUACCCGCCAUGCAGAUCAGAGGGUUUCAAUACGUUCCACGUAACAACGAGCGUGCAUUGCUUGAGGCUGUAUCGAUUCAGCCCGUCUCGGUGAGCAUUGACGCGACGGCUGACAGUUUCAUUCAUUACUCAAGCGGAGUAUAUAGUGAUCCCGACUGUGGUACCACCGUGUCACAUGCACUGACGUUAGUUGGGUACGGGACGAGCCCGGAAGGGAUAAAGUAUUGGCUGGCUAAGAACUCUUGGGGUGGAACUUGGGGAGAGAAUGGUUACAUUAGACUCCGUAGAGAUGUGGAGUGGCCUCAAGGCAUGUGUGGCGUAGCUCAGUAUGGUUCUUAUCCGGUGGUGUGA